CUUGAAGUGUUAACAAUGCCGUCCAUGACAAAACUGCUUUUCCUAUUUUUGUUGCUUUGAUCAAAACCAAAAACCUAUAACUAAAUUCUUUUCUUCUUCUCCAGACCGACUGGUUUCAUAAUUUUCUUCAGUUUGAUUACUUUGAUUUUCAUGGCUUUCUGCUAUGGCUUUCUGCUUGGCCUUCCCAAGAAAAUUUUCCCAUCAUUUUACAAGAAACCAGUGCUUUUUAGGAUUAAUUAUGAAACAAGGCUUAAGCAACCGUAACCACAUUACUAGUUUAGUUGGAGAAAUUGGUAAAAUUAAUUCAAUGGGAGGAUUUGGUUAUGGAAGAACACUUUGCUCUUCUCUUGCUCUUGUACAACAACAUUUGCUUCAUGUUGAAAUUAAUGCCUUGGAUUUCCCUGGUGGAAAGGUUUCUUACACUUCUGAAAUGAGAUUCAUUUCAGAGUCUCUGGAAAAAAGAAUUCCCUGUUAUCGAGUUCUUGAUGACAACGGAGAGGUUAUCAAUGGCAGCGAUUUUGAAGAGGUAAGCAAGGAAGUUGCUUUGAAGAUGUACAAUGCCAUGGUGACACUUCAAAUGAUGGACUCCAUUUUCUAUGAAGCACAGAGGCAAGGAAGAAUUUCCUUCUAUCUCACUUCAAUGGGGGAAGAAGCCAUCAGCAUAGCUUCUGCAGCUGCACUUAGUUCUGAUGAUUGUAUAUUGCCCCAGUAUCGCGAGCCUGGAGUUCUUUUGUGGCGAGGUUUCACAAUACAAGAAUUUGCCAACCAAUUGUUUGGAAAUAAGGCUGAUUAUGGGAAAGGCCGGCAGAUGCCGAUUCAUUAUGGCUCUAACAAGCACAACUACAUCACCAUUUCAUCACCUAUCGCUACACAACUUCCUCAAGCUGUCGGUGUUGCUUACUCCCUUAAAAUGGAUAAAAAGGAUGCAUGUGCAGUCACAUAUACUGGAGAUGGCGGCACCAGUGAGGGAGAUUUUCAUGCAGCUUUGAACUUUGCAGCAGUUACAGACUCCCCUGUUAUUUUCAUCUGUCGCAACAAUGGCUGGGCAAUUAGUACCAAUGUAUCAGAGCAAUUUCGAAGUGACGGUGUUGUGUUAAAGGGUCAAGCUUAUGGAAUUCAAAGCAUUCGGGUAGAUGGAAACGAUGCACUUGCAGUUUAUAGUGCAAUUCACAGCGCUCGCAAAGUGGCUAUUACUGAGAAGAGACCUGUAUUAGUGGAGGCCCUUACGUACAGAGUAGGACACCACUCCACAUCAGAUGACUCCACCAAGUAUAGGCCAGUUGAUGAAAUUGAAUAUUGGAAAUCAGCGAGGAAUCCUGUGAAUAGAUUUAGAAAUUGGAUUGAAAGCAACGGCUGGUGGAGUGACACUGAAGAAGCUGAACUUCGAAGCAGCCUGAAGAAGCAGCUGCUGCAAGCAAUUCAAGCUGCAGAGAAAACAGAAAAAUCAGCAGUUGCAGACUUGUUCACUGAUGUUUAUGAUGUUCCACCAAAAAACCUUCGCGAGCAGGAGAAACAACUCAGAGAAACCAUCAAAAAAUACCCACAAGACUACCCCUCUGAUGUUCCUGUAUAGACAGAUGAAGUGCCAAGAAAUUAUGACUAGUUAAAUCUAAUUAAUAACUGAAGCGGUAAAAUGUUGAAGCUACCGUUUUGUGUUCAUCUUAAUAUCAAGAAAGCAGCAUUUAUUCAGUUCAA